GAAGGAAGGAAAGAAGGAAGGAAGGAGGGAAGGAGGAGGAGCCGGAGCGGAGGAGCAGCAGCCAAAAGCCGCAGCUCGCGGCUGCCGGACCCGGAGUUGCCUUUGCCUCCUCCCUCCCUCCUUCCUUCCUUCCUUCCUUCUCGACCGGGACAAAGGAAGGACCUCUUGCAGGAGCAGCCAUGCCCUGGGCUUCCCCUUCCCUGAGGCUGCUCCUGCGCUUCCUCCUCCUCUUCCUCCUCCUCUUCUUCCCAACGCUGUGCAGCCCGACCAAGCAGGGCUACUUGGUGGUGGUGCCCUCCGUCUUCCGCUCGGGGGUGGAGGAGUCGGUCAGUGUGACUAUUUUCAACCCUGUCGCAGAGACCCCUGUCCAGGUCCAGCUGGUCAUCAAGGGGGAGGCAGUGGCACGAGGCCACGGAAUGGUUCUGGGUAAAGGAAUAGUCAAGCUGAAGGUGCCCGCAGGGCUCCGGGGCCAAGCGCACUUGAAGGUAUGGGGCAACCGACACUUGGCUGAAAAGGGCUAUGUCUUCUACAACCACACGACUGUCACCGUGGACAGCAAAGGGGCCUCUGUUUUCAUCCAGAUAGACAAACCCAUCUACCGUCCAAAGCAGAAAGUGCUGAUCAACUUGUUCGCAGUCAGCCCAGACUUGAGGCCGGUCAACGAGAGGAUUGAAGCCUACGUGGUGGAUCCUCGAGGGUCUCGAAUAAUAGAGUGGAACAACCUCAAGCCCGUUUGUUGUGGUGUCCUGAACAUGAGCUUCCCUUUGUCCGACCAGCCGGUGUUCGGGGAAUGGCUGAUCUUUGCCGAAAUGCAAGGGCACAAGUACAACAAGUCCUUUGAAGUCCAGAAAUAUGUUUUACCCAAGUUUGAGCUCCAGAUUGUUUCCCCUCCCUACAUCCGGGACUUUGAUGUCUGCGAGAAGGCAACGGUUACUGCCAGGUACACGUUUGGGAAACCUGUGGUGGGGCGGCUGACAGUUAACAUGACCGUCAACGGCGUCGGGUACUAUCGACAUGAGACAGGGCAUCCCAUCCUAAAAACUGCCGACAUUGACGGCUCUGCGGAUUUCGAAGUGUGCGUUAAGGACAUGAUGCCCGCCGAUGUGCCCGAGCAUUUCAGAGGCGCCGUCAACAUGUGGGCCUCCGUGACCAGUGCCGACGGGAGCCGGCAGUUCAUGUUUGACGACUCCACCGCCGUCCAGAAGCAGCUCGUCGACAUCAAGUACAGCAAAGACACCAGGAAGCAGUUUAAGCCUGGCUUGCCAUACAAGGGGAAGGUGGAGGUCACCUAUCCUGAUGGGAGCCCUGCUGACGGAGUGACCGUUCGGAUCAAAGCUGAGCUGGCUCCCAAGGACAACAUUUACACUAGCGAGUUGGUCUCCCGCAGUGGCCUGGUGGAGUUCGAAAUCCCAUCCAUCCCUCCCGUUGCCCAGUACGUCUGGCUGGAGACCAAAGUCAUUGCCCUUGAUGGGAAGCCGGCCAGAGAUCAGUACCUGCCCAACUACCUCUCCAUCAGCAGUUGGUACUCACCCAGCAAGUGCCACAUCCAGCUCCAGGUGCCUGACAGGCCCUUCCAGGUGGGAGAAGAAGCCCGUGUGGCGGUGAAAUCCACUUGUCCGUGUAACUUCACACUCCACUACGAAGUGGUCUCGCGGGGAAACAUUGUGCUGUCGGGGAUGCAGCCUGGGAAUUGGACUCAGGAGAGGAGUCACAGGGCCGCCCCCAGGAUGCCGUCCUCAGGCAGCCGGAGCAUUCGCAUCACUCACAUUGCAGGCAUGGCCCCAACACCUUCGACCCUGGCUCCAGAGACCUGCAUGGCUACCCUGCGCUUCCAGGUCACCCCCAAUAUGGCUCCGCUGGGCCGCCUGUUGGCUUUCUACGUCCGAGAGAAUGGCGAAGGGGUCUCCGAUAGCCUCCAGUUCGCUGUCCAGCCCUCCUUUGAGAAUCAGGUGUCGGUGACAUUUUCAGCAAACGAGACAAGGCCAGGCGACUCGGUGGCCAUCAAGGUGCGGUCUGCCAAGGGGAGCUGCGUCUGCCUGGCUGCCGUGGACAAAAGUGUGUACCUCCUCAAACCAGGCUUCCAGCUGAACUCUGCGACAAUCUUCCAGGAACUUGCAGAGUAUGACGUUUCGGACGCCUUUGGAGCCAACAAGGAUGAUGGUCACUUCUGGUGGCCCGGGCUGUCCUUGCAUGGCCGUCGCCGUCGCUCCUCCAUCUUCCCCUGGCACUGGGAUGUCACCAAGGAUUCCCGCUUUGCCUUCACGGAGACCGGUCUGGUGGUCAUGACUGAUUUCGUCAGCUUGAAUCACCGGCAGCACAGGGGUAUGUACACCGACGAGGCCGUGCCGGCUUUCCAGCCUCACACCGGGACUCUGGUUGUUGCUUCUCCUCACCCCAAAGCCCUGCCCAGAGCAGACAAGAGGAAAAGGACUUUCUUCCCGGAAACUUGGCUUUGGCGCUGCUUGAAUUUCAGCGAGGUCUCUGGAGAAGCGGUGCUGUGGGUGGAGGUGCCAGACUCCAUCACCACGUGGCUGGCGGAGGCUGUGGGGCUGUCUGAGGAGAGCGGCCUUGGCCUGGCCCCACAGGCCAGCCUGCGGACCUUCAAGCCCUUCUUCCUUGAGUUCGCUCUCCCAUACCGUGUGAUCCGGGGGGAGCAGACCAAGAUCCUGCUGACUGUCCACAACUACCUGCCGCUCUGCGUGGAGGUCCACGUGAAGAUCUCCAUCCCCAAAGGUAUCCGCUUUGUGGGACAUCCCGGGAAACACCACCUAACCCGCAAGAAGUGCGUGGGCCCCGGAAAGGCCCGGCCCACCUCCGUCGUCCUCUCAUUUGCUGAACUGGGGCAGAACAACAUCACAGCCAAAGCCUUUGCCUUCAGUGGGAGUGGCUGUUGUCAGGAGAGUGGGCCAUUCGCCAAAAGUGGCAAGUACUCUGAAGACCCCCAUCCAGACAAACGGGCCCCCCUCGGGGUCGACUACAUCCGCAGGAGCAUCAUUGUCGAGCCAGAGGGACUCACCAGGGAGUACACUUACAGUGUUUUCUUCUGUCCUAAUGAGAAAAUCCACAUUUCCACUCCUAACAAAUACGAGUUCCAAUACAUGCAGAAGCCGGCCCGCAUGACGCACUUUGAGGUGGCCAUCAAGGCCCACAACAAUGCCCAUGUGGCCCUGUCGUCAGCCCCCCAUGACAUGGCCGAGAUGGUCGAAAUUGUCAUUGGUGGGCAGCAGAACUCCCGGACAUGGAUCUCAGCCAGCAAAAUGGGGGAUCCGGUGGCCAGCACCAAGACGGAAGGCAUCCUCUCUUGGGAUGAGUUCCGGACCUUUUGGAUCCGAUGGGACCGCGGAGUCAUUCAGGUGGGCCACGGUCCUUCCGCCCUCAACGAGUCAGUCAUUGUGACCUGGGCGGCCCCUCAGCCACUGGAGGUGAAGUACGUGGGUUUCUCCACUGGCUGGGGCUCGAUCGGCGAGUUCAAAAUCUGGAGAAAAGAGGAGGCGGAUGAGAACCACAACGAAGCCUUCACGCUGGGGGUCCCUCAUAAUGUCAUUCCAGGGUCAGAAAGAGCCACCGCUUCAGUCAUUGGGGACGUGAUGGGGCCGACACUCAACCACCUGGACAACCUUCUUCAGCUGCCGUUUGGCUGCGGGGAGCAGAACAUGAUCCAUUUUGCCCCCAACGUUUUUGUCCUCAAGUAUCUCCAGAAGACCAAGCAGCUCAGCCCAGAGGUGGAGAGCGAAGCCAUGGACUACCUGGUGCAAGGAUACCAGCGCCAGCUGACCUACAAGAGGCAGGAUGGCUCCUAUAGCGCCUUUGGGGAGAGGGAUUCCUCCGGAAGCAUGUGGCUCACAUCCUUUGUUCUCAAGUCCUUUGCCCAGUCUCGAGGGUUCAUCUUCAUCGACCCACGGGAGCUUUCGACCGCCAAGGACUGGAUCAUCCGACACCAGAAGGAAGAUGGAUCCUUCCCAGCCGUGGGCAGGAUAUUGAACAAGGACAUCCAGGGUGGGAUCCACGGGAAGACUUCGCUGACGGCGUACGUGGUGGCCGCUCUGCUGGAGACAGGAGUCGCUUCGGAGGAAGAGAAAAGCUCAGUGGCCAAAGCCAAGCGCUUCCUGGAGUCCAGCGUCUUCCCGGCCGAGGACCCCUACACUGCCGUGCUGACGGCCUAUGCUCUUGCGCUCCUGCACAGCCCCCUGGCCUCAGCCGCGCUGCGCAAGAUGAACAGCCUGGCAAUCACGCAAGAUGGCUUCACCCACUGGAGCUUGAUGGGGACCCUCGCCACAGAUGAGGACAGCUUCAUGGGCUUCAAUGAUGGCUUCUCGCAAUCAGUGGUGUCGGCUGAAGUGGAGAUGACGGGCUACGCGCUGCUGACCUACACAGUGCUGGGGGAUGUGGCCUCGGCACUGCCGGUGGUCAAGUGGCUCUCCCAGCAGCGGAAUGCCUUGGGGGGCUUCUCGUCCACACAGGACACCUGUGUGGCCCUGCAGGCCCUGGCCGAGUAUGCCAUCCUCUCCUACAUUGGUGGCGUCAACCUCACUGUUUCCCUGGCCUCCACCAACCUGGACUUCCAGGAGACCUUUGAGCUGAACCGAGCCAACAAGAAGAUCCUCCAGAGCACUGUGAUUCCUUCCAUCCCAACGGGGCUGUUUGUGAGCGCCAAAGGUGAAGGCUGCUGCCUCUUGCAGGUUGAUGUGGCAUACAACGUCCCAGAUCCGGUGGCCAAGCCAUCCUUCCAGCUGCUGGUGAGCCUGCAGGAGCCACGACCAAAGAGGCACCGCCGCACGCCCUCGCAGCUGCGCGUACCCCGGGGUCCCCUCUUCCCCGCCGGGGAGAAUGGCUCGGACCGGGUGCCCAGAGGAGACGAUGACGACCCCGCAGCUGACCAGGACCACCAGGAGUACAAGGUGAUUGUGGAGACCUGCAUGAGAUGGCUUCACUCUGGCUCGUCCAACAUGGCUGUCCUGGAGGUGCCCCUGUUUUCGGGCUUCCAAGCUGAUGUCGAGAGCCUGGAGCAGCUCCUUGCGAACAAGCAAACCGGCCUGAAGCGCUACGAAGUGGAUGGCAGGAAAGUCCUCUUCUAUUUUGACGAGAUUCCAAGCCAGUGCAUGACCUGCGUCAAGUUUGUGGCCUUCCGGGAGUACAUUGUAGGGAAAACUGCGCCACUCCCCAUCCGAGUGUACGACUACUAUGAGCCAGCUUUCGAAGCCACGCGCUUCUACAAUGUGAGUGAGAGCAGCCCUUUGGCCCGGGAGCUUUGUGACGGCCCCACUUGCAACGAGGUGGAGAGCGCCAGCAGCCACUGGGUCGGUUUCGUGCAGGGCGGGAGGUGCAAUGGUGUCUCCGGCUGCCUAGCAGACGGCCUCUUUGAGCAGUGCUUGUGUGCCCGCGACUGUGGCUAUGAUGGGGAGCCGGUCUGCGGCUCGGACGGGCGGCCCUACCCCAACCGGUGCCAGAUGGAGGCAGCCGCCUGCCGGAACAGCACCCGGAUCGAGCCCGUCCCUAUGGCCCAGUGCGGGAGGGGUGCAGCCAAAAGCACGCCGGAAGAGAGAGGGAUCCUCUUGCAGAGCCCGGCCCCGCGGGAACCCACAGAGGAGGGACCCACGCACCCGCUGGACUUCUCCUACUACUCCUACGAGUAUGACCCAGACCCUUUCGCCUCUGAGGGAGGAGACGCUUUUGAACUGACGACAGCCGCCGCCAACGAGGACAGCAUCGCUACAGCAGCAGCAGCAGAGAGCAGCAGGGUUCAUGGGGCUGCAGUCACGGCUGGAGAGUGAAGAAGCCCUUCUUUGCCUGAGCAUGAGAGAGGCUGGAAGGUCCCCUGCCAUUGCUUUCGCUCCGAUGGGUUUGGCUGUGGAACAGGAACGCACUAGAGGCUGCCUCCACUUGCAAAGAUGUGUGGCCCUGCCGCAGCAACAGCCUUCACGCCUUGCCUGCCCCUAUCCCGCCUCCUUUCGGAUGUCUUCUCCCUCCUCAGGCUCAUUUUCUGCAGCCAGGAUCACAGAACGGUUUCGUUUUGCUGCUCCGGCUCAUUUUAAAAUGGGCCGAUCGUUGGUUGGCCAGGAGGACUUCCCGCUGCGUCCCUGCAAACGUAAAUCCUCGGGAAGGUCAAGAGUUCUGCUCGUAUUUAUUGUUAAAGCAAUCCUUGGAUGCCUCCUCUUUGGGGAGUGGGCACGGAGGAGAUCCACGAACCUGCUUAGUCGCCUCUUCAGUUUCUCUGACACUGGGCACCCCAAGCUUUGUGGACAGAUAGAGAGGGUGCCCUGCGUGGCUUCUUUGCUUCAGUCCCUCUCGACGCGAACUUCCUCUCUGUCAGUUCACGCAAGAGAGAGCCAUACGGCUGCAGCUUCGGAUAGGGCUCCAUCCUUGCGCUCGAUCCUUUGCGGGAGGGUUGUAAGUGGGGAGAAGUUGGAUUUAGAUACUGAUAAAAUAUUUUAUUAAAAAUGGAUUUCUAAAAGAAA